UUAACGUAAGAUCACACGAGACGCCCAUUUCGGUGAUUGCCGAGUGGGCAGAGAUAAUGAACGUCGGUCUCCAAAUCCUGUUCACGUGGUUGAUUAACGGCCUUUAUCAAAAUCGCUUGAAACUCAUCGUCGAGAGGUUCGUCCAAGCUGAAGGGACCUCGAGAAAACUCAACAUUCCAGAAAAUUACGAGGAGCAUUUUGGAAAACUUGGACAGUAUCUUCUAAUCGUCAAUGGAGGCUGGUUCAUCUUGAUAAUUGUCAACAUUGUUGGACUCUCUGGUUUUCCUGAUUACAAUGCUUCGCUAUGGACCUCUUACAACCUACUACGAAUACCAUCCUUCAACUCUGUCACGACUUUUCUUUGGAGUAUUCUUGUUGUCAAACGCAAGUUUUAUCGUCUCAAUGAAAAAGUGCGUUUUCUCAUGGUGCCCUUUCGUAAUAAAUCUUUUGUACUCGAGGAAAACGCAUGCUCUGAGCUCAUUAGAAAUUCCAAACACAGUCCUGCUGCUCUUCCAGACACGAUUGACGCCAUUUCUCAGCACCGUCGGAACCUCAUAAAAGUGACAAAAAUGGUCAAGAGGCAUUUCGAUUUUCUCGUACUUUUAUGUAUCGUGGCUCACAUGCCAACCUGCGUAGUCAACAUCUACUUAGCGUAUAAGACAGUGAAGGAAGAUGAGCCGAUGACUGGCAGUAACUGGUUUUACACAUUUUCCUACAUUUGCUGGUUCUUUUUCCCAAUAUUCACGCUGCUCGUGAUAUCCAACGUUUGUGGAUCUACUACAAAUGAGGCUAACGAAACAGGAAAUGUUCUCCACGCGAUGCUGAAUGGUCAAGGAAAUUUUGGGGAUUCCAGAGAAGUCGCGAAGUUCAACAUGUUUUCACUGGAACUACUGCAAAAUCCGGUGGAAAUGUCUUUGUUUGGAUUCGUCGAUCUUAAUCACUGGAUGGUUUACAAAGUUCUAACAACAGCGAUCACGUAUUUGGUGAUAAUGCUCCAAUUUUAUAAUUAAUAAACAUGGAUCCGCUCGAUUCCGCUGAUAAAGGUAUGUGCGCGCAACUAAUUUGAUGGAUUACGAGGGUUCUUGAUGUCUGUGAUAAUAUCCACGUGGGCUGAAUGAUUACGAUUAUUAUGAUGCUCGACGUAACAACGAGAAAAUGGGUCAAAUAUAGUAAAAUCGAAGAAGACUCGGACGUGCGUCAUAUUUUUCAUUUGUUUUGAUGAAUGUCAGUCAUUUGGGUAACAAGUGCGU